CCGGAAGCGUCGGUGCGGGCGGCGGAGCCGUUUCCUGCCCGGGACGCGGCGGAGCGGAGCGGAGAGGAGCCAUGACGCACCAGACCGGCAUCCACGCCACCACGGAAUUAAGGGACUUUUUUGCCAAAGCCCGAAAUGGUUCAGUUCGGCUCAUCAAGGUGAUCAUCGAGGAAGAACAGCUCGUUUUGGGAGCGCACAAGGAGCUGGCCCGGCGCUGGGACAUGGACUAUGAUGCCUUUGUGCUCCCCUUGCUGGAUGAGCAGCAGCCAUGCUAUGUGCUGUACCGCCUGGACAGCCAGAACGCCCAGGGCUACGAGUGGCUCUUCAUCUCCUGGUCCCCUGAUAACUCCCCGGUCAGGCUGAAGAUGCUGUAUGCUGCAACCAGAGCAACGGUGAAGAAAGAAUUUGGAGGGGGACAUAUAAAGGAUGAGAUGUUUGGAACAGUUAAGGAGGAUGUGUCCCUCAGUGGGUACCAGAAGCACGUAUCGUCCUGCUCUGCGCCCGCCCCGCUGACUGCAGCUGAGCAGGAGCUCCAGCAGAUCCGCAUCAAUGAGGUGAAGACAGAGAUCAGUGUGGAGAGCAAGCACCAGACCCUGCAGGGCCUGGCCUUUCCCCUGCAGCUGGAUGCACAGCAGGCUAUCCAGGCACUGAAGCAGAAGAAAAUCAAUUACAUCCAGCUGAAGCUGGAUCUGGAGCGGGAGACCAUCGACCUGGUGCACACGAGCCCCACAGAGAUCACUGACCUGCCCAAGAGGAUCCCACAGGACUCUGCUCGCUACCACUUCUUCCUGUACAAGCAUUCACAUGAGGGCGACUACCUGGAGUCUGUUGUGUUCAUCUACUCCAUGCCUGGGUACAAAUGCAGCAUCAAGGAGCGCAUGCUCUACUCCAGCUGCAAGAGCCGGUUGCUCGACACUGUGGAGCAGGAGUUCUGUCUGGAGAUAGCAAAGAAGAUUGAGAUCGACGACGGCGCUGAGCUGACGGCAGAGUUCCUGUAUGAUGAGGUGCACCCGAAACAGCACGCCUUCAAGCAGGCCUUUGCCAAGCCCAAAGGGCCCGUGGGGAAACGGGGACAGAAGAGGCUGAUCAAAGGGCCAGGAGAGAACGGCGAGGACAGUUAGAUCUGGAUGAGGCAGGGACGGGUGGUGAAUGGACAGCAUCCCCCUGACUUUUCCCAUCUUCCACCCCUCCGUUCCAGGCCUUUCUGCUGACCUGGGGAUCUUUCCCUCCAUCUCAGCCUUCCCCUUCCCUUCUUUUCCCUUUUUCAUUCCUUUUUGAGCAUCAGGACGGGUUGUUUCUCCCAACGCAGAGCAGUGGGAUGGGGACAGGCUGUAGGUGUUUGUGUUUCAUUCUCCAUGUCCUUGUGCAAGCCUGGGGACAACUGGGGAAGCACGGGAGCAGCAGGACCAUGUCUCCAGCCUACUCUGGUCCCAGCUGGGACCAGAGCUUUCCCUUGGUUUACCUGUGCUGAGGGAAGGAUUCGCUCACCUACGAGCUGCUCUAUGCAAAGGAAGGAGAUGAUACCUGGUGUUGGUUUAAUAGCAGAUAACAUUAAAUGCUUCUUUCCCUCCUCCCUCUUCCUACAGCCUUUACUCAGCAGAGCCCCGCUGUGUAAGUCCUAUGGCUGCCCGAGCCUUUCCAGGCUGCAGCCCAGACCCAUCCCUGCAGGGGGGACUUCGCUGUUGCAGCCCCAGCACCUGGCAGGAGCAUUUGUCCCUGGUGAGAGACAACCCCUUGUUCUAUCUGGAUUUGCCUUUUGGGGAGUACAGAUGCUUCUCCCUUCCCUUCUCACUCCCAGCUGUCAUACAGAGCAUCCUCAUGGCCAGGGCCCUGGACAUGCAAGCAACAGCUGCCCAGUACCUGACACUGCUGGUGGCUUCCCAUACAGCCACUCCGUGCUGCUCCCACCCAGCUCUAGGUCCCUGUGCCUCCUGGGCUGGUCUGGCUGUGAAGCCCCUUGGGUCUGAGCUGGGGCACAGGGAUGUGGCUCAAUGGACUUUGAAGCCAGUUUCUUAUGGGUAGGGGUAGAGGAAGGGCAGCACCCAGCUCUGUUUUUGUCCAGUCUUGGCGCAGGGCAAGGUCUGAGCUCCACCUGGCUUUGGAGAAAGGUUACCGUGCCUGUUGGCAAUGUUUGGAUCCUCUUUCUGAUCCACCAAGGACAGCCUUUUCCCUCGGAGGGAGGCUUUGCAGCCCUGCGGCUGGGUUUGGGACAGGAGCCAGAACCCAUUCCAUGCCACCCCUGUCCCCUGUGCUGUCUGUCCUCGUACUUCAUCCUUCCCCAUUUCCUUCAUCCCCAUCCCUGUGCUUUUAUCAGCAUAGGGGUGCCUCAGUGUUUGUAGUGUGAUUGCAAGGCGGGGGCUGGCCUGACUGCUCCAUUAAUUCUGGGUGUUGUCAUCUGUGGGACGAACCUCUGGUCCAGGCUGGCACCCAGGUGAGGAAGGGGGUGGCUGGACAUUAUUGCCCUUUGCAAGGAAAAGGGUGUGGGAAAUGGGAUAAAGCCCCGAGCCCCUGUGAAAGGCCACCCAGCUCCCACCCACGUGGGCUGCCCCAAAUCCUGGCACAAGGGAGGCUGCCCCCCAGGGAGGGCCAGCCGGGGCUCCAGUGUGCUCACAGCAUCGAGGACAUCGCUGGUCACCAAGGGCUGUCCCCAGGGCUUGAGUUUGGCAUUGUGGAUUUGGCUUUUCUUAGAGGAUUUGGGGAGGAGAGCACCUUGCUGCUGGCUACCAGCGAGGCCUGCUUCCCCCACACCCCUGGGCAGUGGUAACACCAGGGCUGCUCCCGUGCCCUUCCCCGCUCACCGGUGAAUGUGCCGAUGUUGCCUUGACCGUGUUGGGGUGCCCCAGUGAGGGGGGUGUGAAGCCUGGGGGGAGCGGAGCACACUGUACUGAAUGCUGUAUUUUCUAAAGAAUAAAGUAUUUUUAAAGCAG